GCUCGGGCGAGUGCUCUCGUUUGGGUCCGCGACACUGAUCGGGGCUGGUUUGCUUUUUCCCGGGUGAAACCUGCAACCGGCCAUAGAAUAGAAUCUGGGAACAUGGAAACUAUAGCUGCUAAUCCUCCUGGAGGAUCAAAUGGCUUGGAAGAACCCAAGAAGAUGACAAGAGAAGAUUGGAGAAAGAAGAAGGAAUUGGAAGAACAACGAAAACUGGGAAAUGCACCAGCUGAAGUCGAUGAAGAAGGAAAAGACAUCAAUCCUCAUAUUCCCCAGUAUAUUUCCUCAGUACCAUGGUAUAUAGAUCCUUCAAAAAGGCCUACACUGAAACAUCAGAGACCUCAACCAGAGAAACAAGAAGAAUUUACAUUACUAGGAGAAUGGUAUAAGCGAGGAGUUAAAGAGAAUGCUGUUGCAACCAAAUACCGUAAAGGUGCUUGUGAGAACUGUGGUGCAUUGACUCAUAAGAAGAAAGAUUGCCUAGAGAGACCUAGAAAAGUUGGAGCAAAAUUUACAGGAACUAACAUUGCACCAGAUGAGCACAUGCAGCCUCAAUUGAUGUUUGACUAUGAUGGGAAAAGAGACCGUUGGAAUGGUUAUAACCCAGAGGAGCAUAUGAAGAUUGUAGAAGAAUAUUCGAAAGUUGAUCUAGCUAAACGCACACUCAAAGCUCAGAAACUGCAGGAAGAACUGGCUUCAGGAAAACUGACAGAGCAAGUGAAUUCUUCACGUCAUCGAUGGGGAGAAGAGGAACUAAAUUUACAAACGGAAAGAGAUCAUAACAGUGAAGAUGAAGACGAAGACAAAUAUGCAGAUGACAUUGAUAUGCCUGGACAGAAUUUUGACUCCAAAAGACGCAUUACAGUCCGAAACUUGCGUAUUCGAGAGGAUAUUGCCAAAUAUCUACGGAAUCUAGACCCCAAUUCUGCCUACUAUGAUCCUAAAACCAGAGCAAUGAGGGAGAAUCCUUAUGCUAAUGCAGGAAAGAAUCCAGAUGAAGUCAGUUAUGCAGGAGAUAACUUUGUACGUUACACGGGGGCCACCAUUUCCAUGGCCCAAACUCAGUUAUUCGCCUGGGAGGCCUAUGAAAAAGGCUCUGAAGUUCAUCUUCAAGCAGAUCCUACAAAACUUGAACUCUUGUACAAAUCUUUCAAAGUGAAAAAAGAAGACUUUAAACAUCAGCAGAAAGAAAGCAUCUUAGAGAAGUAUGGAGGCGAAGAACAUCUGGAUGCCCCACCAUCUGAACUGUUACUUGCUCAGACAGAAGACUAUGUGGAGUAUUCUAGACAUGGAACAGUUAUUAAAGGUCAAGAGAAGGCUGUUGCUCGCUCCAAGUAUGAGGAGGAUGUAAUGAUCAACAACCACACAUGUAUUUGGGGUUCUUACUGGAAAGAAGGAAGAUGGGGAUAUAAAUGCUGCUACUCAUUUGUCAAGUUUUCGUAUUGUACAGGAGAAGCUGGAAAGGAAAUUGCUAAUGCCAGUGAAGAAUUGCCAAGUGAGGUGCAUGAGGAUGAGCAGUUAACCAAACCCAAAACUCUAAUGGAGAUACACCAACAAAAACAAAAGGAAGAAAAGAAGAAGAAAAAGAAAAAGCAUAAGAAGAGUACAAGUUCUGAUAGUGAGGGAGAAGACAGAAAGAAACAAGAAAAACUGAAAAAGGCACUGAAUGCAGAAGAAGCCCGUCUCCUUCAUGUGAAAGAAAUCAUGCAAUUAGAUGAGAGAAAGAGACCAUAUAAUAGCAUGUACGAAAACCGAGAACCAACAGAGGAGGAAAUGGAAGCUUACCAAAUGAAGCGCCAGCGACCAGAUGACCCCAUGGCCUCUUUUCUGGGACAGUAGUUUUGGGCAAAAGACUUGCAAGCUCAUAGGACUUGUAUAUAGGUGUCUAAACAGAUCAAUGUUGUAUGUGUGUCACUUUCCCUAAGCAAGUUGUCAACUGAUGUCCUGUUCUUUCGCAUCAUACUUACAUAUGGCCCACCCAGCCUAGAGCUCUCUGAGCAGAAAAAAAGUUUUUUGUUGAGCAGGUUUGCUCAAGUCCUUGUAAAUUAUAAUGCUGAAUGAAUUUCUGAAUUUUAAAAAAAACUAUAUUGAUGAGAAGAGUCAGUAGAUAUUGCAAACAUCAAACUGCACACAAUUGAUAGUCUGUUUCAAAAAUACAUAAUUGUUUACUUCCCUGAAUAGAUUAAAGCUGACUUUGAGGAAAACUAUCUGAAUCUUAAUAGAAUUGCACAAUUCUGAAA